AUGUCCAAGCUCCCGAAUUCGAUCCACGAAGUUCCAGUAAUCAAUACGCAAGUUUACGACUCGGCCAGAACUCCUUCCCUCAAUACCCCCGACACCAUGGCCGAAGAAGGUGGUUACCACCCCUCGACGGGUGGCAACGAGCCCAAGCAGGAGUCCCAGUUCACCAGCAAGCCGCGUAUGACCGACUUCAACACCCAAGAGAUCCGCGACACCAUGUCGCCCACCGGCCCCAUGACCCCGAACCCCUUCAGCCGUAAGAACACGAGCAUAGACAUUGACGACUACUUUACCGGUCCCCGCGAUAUCCUCAAGCACUCCAAAUGGCCCCUCUUCAUGCAGAUGCACGGCAGCAUCCUGCCCAAGAUGAUCGUCCCCUUGAUCUGGAUGUCCAUGUGGUCUGCCGCCAUUACCUGUAUCGACAAGUACCGCACCAACAUGGGUGUUGACUCUGUUCUUUUGACCGUUCUUGGUUUCGUCGUCGGUCUGGGUCUCUCCUUCCGCAGUUCCACCGCUUAUGAACGUUACGCCGAGGGCCGCCGUUAUUGGGCCCAGCUCAUUCUUGCCUCGCAGAGUCUUGGUCGCGUCUUCUGGAUUCACGGUGGUGAUCCCCAGGGCCUCGAUCCCAGACAAUCUCUUCUCCGCAAGGUCGGCUGCAUGAACCUCCUCUUGGCCUUCGCCGUCUCCAUAAAGCACAAGCUCCGAUUUGAGCCCUACACCGCCUACGAGGAUCUCGAGCACCUCGUCGCCCACCUGCAGACGUUUGCACAAGAGGCUACCGCCGCCGAGCCCGAGAAACUUGUUCUGAAAAAGAAGAACUUCUUCAAGGAGACCGGCGAGUACCUUGGCGUCUCCUUCGCCGCCAGUAACCCCCGCAAGACCAUCAAGAAGGCCUCUCGCCCCCUCGGCAACCUGCCCCUCGAGAUCCUCAACCACAUCUCCUGCAUCGUCGACAAGAUGGUCGAGGAUGGCCAGCUCAAGGUCCCCAUGCAGCAGACCCUGGCCUACAACAACGUUGCCCUCCUCAACGACAUCAUGACGGGCACCGAGCGUGUUCUCACCACCCCUCUCCCCAUCGCCUACACCAUCGCCAUCAGCCAAAUCACUUGGGUCUACGUCAUGCUGCUCCCCUUCCAGUUGAUCGACAAGCUCGACUGGAUCACCAUCCCCGCCACCGUCGCUGCCGCUUACAUCAUUCUCGGCAUUCUCUUCAUCGGCCGCGAAAUCGAGAACCCCUUUGGCGAAGACGUCAACGACCUGCCGCUGGAGGCAUACUGCGAGCAGAUCGCUUCAGAACUCGACAUCAUUGCCGCCUUCGAGAAGAGCGACCCCUACCGCUUUAUGGAGUCUCCCCGCAACCUGCCCCUGUACCCUGCGAGUAUGGCUCCCUACCACGUCUGGAUGAGUCGCUCCGAGGAGCGCGUGCGCGAGGCCAUCAAUUCCAAGCACAGCACCGUCUUUGAGUUCCGUAAGAAGGUCAUUCUCGACAAGGUGGAAUCCCAGUCUGGGGGCAAGAAGCCCAGCAGCGAGGGCGCAACCACUCUCAGCGGCGACAACAACGUGUAA